CAUGAUUUUUUUUUUUGAAAGGCUUAAAUAAUCGUAUGAAGUUUUUAAGGGUUGGUAUUAGGCUGCAGUUCAGGUUCUUGUGUGAACAGAGUCCGUUUACAGCAGUGAUAGCCAGUAGUUAAGGUAGAGGAAUGCUUUAUAAUUUCAAUUAGAUCGAUUGAUAAUCCUUUAAAGAAGUUGUGAUUGGAUAAGGUGACAGUUUCACGAUGUGUUUGCACAAUUCUAUAUAUAAAUGGAUUGUGGGCAGUAUUACAAAAUGAGUUAUUAGUUUUCAGCACUUGUAAAUUAAGAUUUCCCAGAAUAACACUGAAGCCAUUAGACAACCUGAGGAGGUACUGGCGCAUGCUAUUACCUAACUGUCCAAAUGGGAUCUCGUCCUCCUGAACCAGUCCAUCCCUGCUCCGGAAAACUAGACAACAUAAAAACUGAGGAUCUUGUUGCCGAAGAAGAAGAGAUCGAUGUGGAAACUCUUGAUGAAAAAGUUAGUAGUGAUGGCGAAAGCCUGGUGAGAUCAGACUCCGCAGAAGCGCCGCAGGGUAUCCAGGAACAACGUACGGUGCUGCAGGUGCGCAGUCCUAAGUGCGCGCGCUGCCGCAAUCACGGCGUUGUCUCCGGGCUAAAGGGCCAUAAGCGGUUCUGCCGGUGGAGGGACUGCCGGUGUGCCAAUUGUCUGUUAGUGGUCGAGAGGCAGAGAGUGAUGGCUGCGCAGGUGGCACUGAGGAGACAGCAGGCCAGUGAGGUUAAGAAAGGUACUAGUGGUAAGGAGUGUAUCAACCCACUUCGCAAGACAGCUUAUCAACGAUACCCCAAGUCUCCAAGUCAGUUUGCUAAGAGUAUACUGGAAGGAUACAGGCCUCCUCUGCAGGAAGAACCUUUUUCUGGUAUCAAUAAACUUCUUUUUCCAAAUUUGAGUGACAGAAUGAGAAAACGAAGGGCGUUUGCUGAUAAAGAAUUGGAAAGUUUGAUGUUUGAAAGAGAAUGCCGACAAAAAGAACAUGAGGAUAUAGCUGUAAUCCAGACAUUGCAGACAUCACAGAAAGUUGGUCUCUGUACUCCAAAAUCAAAUGUUUUAAAGAUCCACUGUGGUCACCUUUAUGAUCCAAUGCUCUUUAAUCAAGAUUUUAUUAAUCUUUAUUUGCCUUUCAUACCUUCAGAACCAUUAACUAUAGACUGUGGAACUGAGAAUUAUCAAAUUAAUGGCCUCAUCUCUACUCGUGUGGUAGCCAUGACUUCAAGUCCAUAUCACUGUGUGCCAUCUACUUCACCAGUUAUAGAACAAUGCAUGAAAUCAAACAUAGAAAAGGCAUGGAAUGGAAUGGACUUUAUGUCUUCAAAUAAAGAAGUUGGCUUUAGCCCACAUGAUGUAAGAUAUGAGACAACAAAAACAGAAUACAUUUUUCAAAAGCAAAAAGAAGCUUUCUCACUCACCCAGAAGCAAGAUGCUCAAGAUUUUAUCAUACCUGGAAGGUUUAUUUUUGUAAAUAAUCAUCCUGUAACAGAAAGAUUUGAUUUAAAUCAAAACAUUAUGAACAAAUCUUCUGUUAUAACAGACAGCAUGAAACAGUUAAUUGAACCAUUAGAUGAACAGUUUUUUGACUUGAAAUCUAAAAAGCAGAGAUUAGCAUUUUCAGUGGAAUCACUUCUGAAACUCUGAUUAGUGCAGACUGGGGCCACACUCCAUGAAUAAUAUGCACUGAUAUUUCAUCAAUUUUCAUUUGACGUAAACUGAGGUUUUUAUAUUUAAUGUUUGCUUUCCCAUUAUUCUGACCAUAUUUUGCAUUUAUAUUAUAUUAUUAACUUGUGUAUUUUCAUGACAAAGACCAAUAUUUUACACAGAAAUGUUGAUAUGUGUCUGAUAUAUUACUAUACUGCUGUGUAUGUACUUUAAUUAAAGUUCAGAAAUUAUCACAGAUCCUGUGAUAUGUGAAUUUAUGUAUAAGUCUUAACUCAAAUGAGAAUUCCAUACGGUUUCAUUGGUGUUAUUGUUCAACUUUUUUUAACCAGUCCUACAGCAAACGGAGUCAACACAUGGCUAAACAUGCACUGUUCAUUCAGCAGUAAAAAUGACAGUAAAAGUGGUAUAUCUUUACUUCAUAUAAAAAUAAUAAAAACAAUAAGCGCUUUCACAACUCUUCUUGUUGCUUCAUCAGAU